CUUGACGCGCUGUUAACAUAACCUCGUUAUCAUAAGAACCAUGAAAAAAUGUUUAUAGUUUUUAAACAAUGUUUAUAAAGUGGUGGGUUGGAAUCUAUUAAUUUCUUAUAAUUUAAAACAUUUUGUCAUCAAGGAUAGAAAUAUUGAGUGUCACUUUUUGUGCAGAGACAGAAUAAAGGCCAACAGACAAACAGUUGUCACAUUUUGAUUGUGUUCUGCUUACUGCAAUAGUUUCUAAAUUGCAUUAUUGCAAAAGCUCAAAUGAUUUUAUAGUACACUCUAAAAAAUACAAUUUUAUGUGUGAAAAAAUGUCGCGCUCGAAACAACUUUCUAAAAUCAAAUUCUGAGCUGACUUAACCUCAAAAAUGAUGUUUUUUUGGUGUUUUGCAUUUGACCACAGAGACUGAAGACUGAAAUCACAAAAAUAGUGGAAAAUGCCACAUCCUUGUGUCGUGUGUGGUCGUUCUCGGAUGAAUCCGAACAACAGGGAAGAGGAAUACAUGUUUUUUGGUUUUCCCGUGAACGACGAGCUUCGGUGCAAAAAAUGGUUGGAGUUUUGCUGUCGAGAGGAUCUUUACAAACUCACGAAAAAGCAGCUUUUGCAGCGAAUGGUGUGUUCGAAACACUUUGAAAAACAGGAUUUCUUGAACGACUAUUAUGAUCGUUUAAACUGUGGCGCGAUUCCAUCUGUUUAUGAUCCAAAACAAAGUUUGUACAACAUAACGUGUAUUUUGUGCGGUCGUUUUCGAAAAGAUCCUCCUACUGAGGAUUACGAUGGAGCGACAUUUCACCACUUUCCAGGAGAAGAGUUUCGUUGUUUGGAGUGGUUGGACUUUGUGGGUGUAGACUCGUAUUACAGGCUUACCAGAAAGGAAAUCCUGUUUUGUUACAUUUGUUCGAAGCAUUUUGAUCGUUCACAGUUUAUGCAAGGAUUCCAGAACAGACUUGAAGACUAUGCAGUGCCCAAUAUUCGCUUUCCGGAUCAAGGAGGCGAGGACGAACCUUUCAUCAUGGAACUGAUUUCAGAACCGAAAUUAUGCAGUACAAAUGAAAAGUUGAGGAAACUGGAUCCCUUGCCUACUGUCGUUUUAGAGAGUCAGGCUUGUGCUGCCUGUGGACGAUCUAGGUCAGAUCCGAGGAAUAAGGCAGAAAAAUACAAAUUCCAUCCCUUCCCAGCCUACGAGAUAGGCAGGUGUUUGCGAUGGUGCCAAUUUCUUGGUAGAGAAGACAUCCUGAAAAUGUCUCCGAAUCAAAUUCGCAAACUAGUCCUCUGUUCCAAACACUUUCAAACUGGUCAAAAUUUUCAUAACGCAGGACCUUGUGACGCUGUGCCGACGAUCAGGGACAUUCACGAGUUGACCCCCGAGGAAGCCUUGGAACAAAUGGAAAUGGAACAGGAGGAACUCGAGGAGAUGAAUCGAACCGGAAAGAGGGUAUUGUCCCGACCUCUAGUCUCCAGUAAGAAACCAAAGGUAGACAACAAACCAGCGCCACUAGCGAAGAAACGAGGAAAAUCGAGACGACCCACUUCUAUCAAUAUUCCAAAACCUGAAUCCCUUAACUUGGAUACUCGACCCUUCAUCAGAAAACUGCCAAUACCAGCGUCAGCUAACUGGAAGUUCCAGUUCUCGAAUCAAUUCCAACCCAUAUCAAUCGGGAAUAACAUCGGCCCAAAUUUAUCGAAUAACAUCCCCUCGGAUAUUAAAAAGAUGAUUCUACCGUUCACGGGUGAUAUUUCGAAUCUGGGCGCUCCUAUUCCAGUUCACAGUCUUUCGAGUAUGCCACCGGGUUUAUUGAUCAAAAUAAAUCUUCCUGAUCAGGGCAACAGUGUGACGAAGCCUGGCCGAGGCAGAGGUCGGGGUCGUGGUCGUGGUCGUGGUCGAGGAAGAGGAAGAGGGAGGAAAUUAUCAGUGGAGUCGAGAACGAGAAGAAUGAAUAAUGGUUGUGUGCCGAAGACGCUGAAUGUAAUAACCGAAAAAAUAGAACCGAUCGAGCCAAUGGAGAAACUAGAACGUGAGGAGGACGAGUAUGAGGAUCAUUCUGCUGAUAUGUCGGAAUUACUUUCGUUCUCCACAGAAGAGGUUGUCGAAGAAUUCAUAGAAAAUGAUAUGGAACUGCAUGAAGAAGUUAUUUUGCCCGAUAUGGAAUCGCAUGAAGAGCACGAGAUUCAAAUAAAAAAUGAGUUUUUCUUCGAAAAUCAGGAAGAGGUACAGCCAAAGAGUCUGAAGCGGAAGAGAGUGACGGCGAGAACACGACGGACAAUUUUACCCAUUCGAAACGAGCUUCAGCAUUUUCUUCGAAAACUUAAACCGCAGUUGCACAGACUUCCUAAAAAUGCCCGGGCGAAAGUGAAACUCGCGAUUGUCAACAAGGUGAUAGAUUUCUUGUAAUUUUUGUUUUGUCUCAGAGUUGUAUAUUCGAUUGAGGAGAAAUGCGUGAUAGUUUAGCUUUUAUUAUCUCAGAUGAAAGUCAGUUAUUUCUUUUAAAUUGCAAAUAUUUUCAAUUUAUAAUAAUUGUCGACUAGCAUGCUAUAGAGUCAAAAGAGAAUUCGAUUUUUUCGUGAGAAUAAUUUAAGAAGAUACUACUCAAAAGAUUAAUUGUGCUUAUCACAUUUAUCCGAUUGCAAAAAAUGUUGAAAAUUUUAUUUAUUCGGUAGAGUUUUUUUUGAGGGUACGCGUUUUUUUAAAUCGCUAAAUAAGAAUUUGGGCUUAAAACCCAGAAAUUAAAAAAAAGCAACCUAAAUUUUGGAAAUAGGGUCAUCUACUAACUUUUUUAUUUUUGAGUAUGCAACUAAGUUCCUCUAAAAUCAGUAAUAAUACGAGUAUAAUUGAAGAAAGGCUUUUUCGGAUUUUUAUUUGAAAAAGAAAAAUAUAUAGCCCUUUAAUGUUUGUAUUUGUGUUGCGCUAUACGCCAUUACGUUUUCAAUAUUUUCAUGCAAUGAUCCUUUACCGUCUGAUAAAAUAAUACAUUAAAGCGAUUUUUUUUACAAUAUAUGCAAAAGCUCCAAUUAUUUUAGCCAAAAAACUUUGAUGAUUAAUUAUUUUUUAUUGUUUUUAUCAAACUGACGCAUGUAUUUUUUUUGAAUUUUGAAAGCGUAUGACUUGACAAAAUAUAGGGGCGUGUAAAUUUCGUUAAAAAAUCGACAUUUCUGGUUGAUGUUUUGCCACUGUUUAAUCAAUCAUCAUAAAUUAUUGAAUGAAAAUUAAGUUUUAUUUUUAUAUUUAAAUUCUUUGGUAAACAAAGUUUAUAAAAAUGCAACUUAAAAGAGAAAAAAAAGUUGUGUGUGACCCUAUUCUAUGUAAUUGAUAGAUUUACACGAAAGUCAACAUUUAAAAAUUCAAAAAUUUGACUUAAAACUUGGAAAAUGUUAUUAAAUUGGCAGAUUUCCAUAUAAGUCAUAAGGAGGGUUUUUUUCAGUCUUACAAUAGAAAUUAGGUGUCAAAAUUAAAAUAACACAAAAUUUGACUCAAUAUUUUAAAAAUUUCAUUAAAUUUGCCAAUUAAAUAAAAUUUGGUGCAUUUUAAACAACUUUUUGAAUAUCGACCCCAAAUUUGUGUUAUGUGACUCCAAAGCCCCUAUCGCACUGACUUUUAGUAAAAUAUAGCAAUUUAAUAUAAUUUUCAUAAUUCGUGUCUUUUUUUUAAAACGAAAUUCGUAUGUUUCGACUCAGAAAUCCUUUCAUUACCGGCACUGAUAAAAAUCUUCGAAUUUAUUGAAUUUUCUCAAAAUUUUUUAUUGUUAUCUUGAAUUUUUGAAUUUCCAUCAAAAAUACGUAUUCUGUAACUCGAAAAAUCCAUUAGCACUGACUCCUAUAAUUCCCCGGAUUUAUUGAAUUUUUCCAUAGUUAGGUUGCUUUUUUAAUUUUAGAAUUUCUGAACGGAACCGCUUUCAGAAGGAAAUUUGAUAACUUUACGAGUUUUCAUGACAAUAAAUAUAUUCUGUAUAUUAUGUAUAUAUUUAGAAUCUGCAUCAAGAAGUAUUUUUCGAAAAUCAGUUUUGACUUUCACACUUAUAUGUAAAUAUGUAAAACUGUUUAAAUAAAUUAUUUAACUUAAAAUUGAUGAAUCUAAAAGAAUUUAUAUUUAAAGUUUCUUAUAAUUACCUUUUACUUCAAAAAAUUUUAAUUGCUUUCCUAAAACUUUGAAAUCUUAUGCAGAUAAAGGAUUAGAAACGCACUUAAUUUUUUGAGUAGUAAACAAGCCAUAUUUAAUAUGAAUAAUAAUAUUUUUCCUCCAACUUCGCAAAAUCGACACCUAAAAUCUGUAGAUUUAAAUUCCAGCUAUCUGAAACGAAAGUCAGAAAAAGGAUAUCUUUAAGUUUAACCGUAAGUUUACAUCUGUAUGGAUGUAUGUAUAUUUUAUAGGUAUAUGCAAAUAAUGUUUAAGAGAGAAAUUCGGUUGUUCUCAUUGUACAUUUGAAAGUCAAGUUAUAUAAAGAAAUAAGUACUGUUU